GGCAGUUCGCCGCUGGCCGCCGCGCGCCAGAGUUGCUUGUGGCCGCCCCGCACCGAGGACAGGAAGAUGCCACCCAAGCGCAUAGCUAAGAGAAGAUCACCCCCCGAAGAUGCCAUCCCCAAAAGCAAGAAGGUGAAAGACGCUCGUAACCGCGGUCCUGCCGCCCGCUCCUGCCAAGUCUCACACAGGUCCCACAACACAGAGCCAGGUUUGGUGCUGACACUGGGCCAGGGCGACGUGGGCCAGCUGGGGCUGGGCGAGAGUGUGCUGGAGAGGAAGAAGCCGGCCUUGGUGCCCCUUCUACAAGAUGUUGUGCAGGCUGAGGCUGGGGGCAUGCAUACUGUGUGUCUGAGCAGAAGUGGUCAGGUCUACUCCUUCGGCUGCAAUGAUGAGGGAGCCCUGGGAAGGGACACAUCGGUCGAGGGCUCAGAGAUGGUCCCUGGGAAAGUGGAACUGCAAGAGAAGGUGGUACAAGUGUCAGCAGGGGACAGUCACACAGCAGCCCUUACUGAAGAUGGCCGUGUCUUCCUCUGGGGCUCUUUCCGGGACAAUAAUGGUGUGAUCGGGUUGUUGGAGCCCAUGAAGAAAAGCAUGGUGCCCGUUCAAGUGCAGCUGGACAUGCCUGUGGUGAAGGUGGCCUCAGGGAACGACCACUUGGUGAUGCUGACGACUGAUGGAGACCUCUACACCUUGGGUUGUGGGGAGCAGGGUCAGCUGGGCCGUGUGCCUGAGUUAUUUGCCAACCGUGGUGGCCGUCGGGGCCUUGAGCGACUCCUCGUCCCCAAGAGUGUGCUUCUGAAGUCCAGGGGCAGUCGCGGCCGUGUGCGGUUCCAGGACGCCUUCUGUGGGGCCUAUUUCACUUUUGCCAUCUCCCGUGAGGGCCAUGUAUAUGGCUUUGGCCUCUCCAACUAUCACCAGCUUGGAACUCCAGGCACUGGAUCUUGCUUCAUUCCUCAGAACUUGACAUCCUUCAAGAAUUCCACCAAGUCCUGGGUGGGCUUCUCUGGUGGCCAGCACCAUACAAUCUGCAUGGAUUCAGAAGGAAAAGCAUACAGCCUGGGCAGGGCCGAGUAUGGGCGGCUGGGCCUUGGUGAGGGUGCUGAGGAGAAGAGCAUACCCACCCUCAUUUCCCGGCUGCCCGUCGUCUCCUCAGUGGCCUGUGGGGCCUCUGUGGGGUAUGCUGUGUCCAAGGAUGGUCGUGUUUUUGCCUGGGGCAUGGGCACCAACUACCAGCUGGGCACAGGGCAGGAUGAAGAUGCCUGGAGCCCUGUGGAAAUGACUGGCAAACAGCUAGAGAACCGAGUGGUCUUAACUGUGUCCAGCGGGGGCCAGCACACAGUCUUAUUAGUCAAGGACAAGGAACAGAGCUGAUGAAGUCUUUGUGGGCCUGGCUUCUGGCCCCCGACCAGCUUCCAAGAACAGAAAAACAGCCAGCUACCGAUUGCAGAAGGCCCUUCCCCAUCCCGAGCAGCUAUCAUCUCCUUUCCAUCCCCCAGCAGAAUCCUUUUCUUCUGUUUCGUCCUCGUCUUCUGGUCAUCCUGGGACUUGCAAGAUGAGGGGGGAUAGGAAGGCGUCUCAGAAGGAGCUUUGCUUACCUUAGACUCGGUCGUUAGACCUUUCCCUUGACUGCCCUGCCUCCUGUGGUCCAAGCAGGCCCUGGCUCUUGCCUACAAAACCCAAAACUUCCUGCCCUGGGGUUUUGGUGCCUACACUUUGAAAAGUUGGGGAUUCUAUCAAGCCUCCCUUCCCAUGUGCCACUUUUUCUGUUCCUAACAUUAGUUUACAAGGAGACAGAUGGUGUAGUCAUCAGAUCCAGUUGUCAUGGACCCAUGCCUGGGGAGAGCUAUGCAAAAGCUGUACAAGGCUGUGGGUGACCCUAAGCCAAAUAGUUGGCUCUAAACAGGUGUCCAUGGGGGAAAACAAUGACCCACUGGAAAAAAUCCAACUAGCUCUCCCCAAAGCACAAAGCACCACACUAUCUCCUGGGCAUCAUCCUGGGCCUUUCUGCCACUGAGGACUGGGAAGCCAUGCUGGGCUCUGCUGGGCAGUCAAGGCAGGGUAUUGGGUAAGGGUGGGUGGAGGAAAGGGCUUGGAGAGGCAGAGGCUGGUCCUAAAAGAAGGAAGUAACAGUGGCUGAGAAAAUAGUUUUAAUUAUAAAAUAUUUUGGGGGGCUGGGGAUUUAGC